AUGGCUUCUCCUCCGUCCAUCACCGACUCGCGCGUAACCAAACGCAGACGCUCUACCUCGCCUGACAGGAGGGACCACGACAUCGACUCUGCUCUCUCUCCACGACAAGCACGAUCACCGUAUGCUACCAGUGGUCUGCGAGGCUCGCCCUCUAUAGAUCCCAUUGCUUCACCUUCGUUGCGGCCUCACUCGCUUGCAGCUCCUCGACCAACAUCGUACUCCUACUCUAGUCUAGGACACACCUCGUCGCGUCCCUACACAGCCUCCUCCGCCAGGAAUGACGACGCACCUUCCCCAUCUGCGUCCCACUACUACCGUUCGAGAUCGCCUACGCAGUAUCACACUCAGACUGCUUCCACCUCCGCUCAAUCAUCAGCAAAGACAGCACGCGCUCUAGCUGCUCUCGACGCAUCGCACCUGUCGGAUCUUCAGAGUGAUCUGGCCUCGAUUACUUCGCCACAACAGCGUGCUUCAGCAAAGAUGGACGCGCCAGGUUCGGCAAGAGCAGACGAUGCCUCGGACCCCUCAUCCACGCCGACGGUCAAGAAAGAACAAGGGGGUACGCCUGGCGAGAAGCCGAGGGGUGGUCAGGCCUGCCUCGAAUGCCGGCUUGCCAAGGUGCGAUGUUUGCCAUCCGACGACUCGGAGGAUUGUCAGCGCUGCCAGCGCUUCAACUUCGAAUGCUUGUUCGUCCAGCACAAGCGUGGCAGGAAACCAAAGAGCAAGCUUCAAGGUCGCGAUCUCACCUUGUUGGCAGAAGCGGCGUAUGCAACCAACGCAUCACCUGUCCCUGAGCGUCCUAGCGCACGCAAGUCGGUCUCCGCCUCCAACUCGACAAGAGCUGUUGCUUCGUCUUCGGCUGCUUCGCCAGGCGUGCGCUGGAGCUCUGCACCCGACAGCGCCUUUCCCGCUCCUCCCUACUCGGGAGAGCAAGAGCUCGGCAACACGUACAACAGUAUGGACGUCGAUGACGAUUCUCGUCGCGUCGCCUCGCCAUCGGCCGCCUUCUUUUCUCGAAAGCAGCCCCUCUCAGCAUUCGCUCCGCAGACAGAUACUCGCUCCGCCCUCGAUCCCAAGAAUCUGUUUGGUGUCGACGUCAAUCGCAUGACCCAGGCCAUGCAGCAAGCCAUGCGAUCAUUGGAAAGAAGACGAGGAGCACCUUAUACCCUCGUGACCAACAGCGAGAUCGCCAAUGGCAACGACGACGAUGCCAACAGCGAUGUCGGUGCAACACCUCCGCCUCCUGGCGCGACCACCGCUGCUGACACCAACGCAGUCAACGAGAGCUUCGAGCUGGUCGCCGAGCAGCCGCUCACACUACGAGUCAUGCUCAAGCCGUUCGAGGUGUCCGACCGGCCCGACUGCGAGACCCCUGGCGUUCUCGCCGACGACCGCAAUCCGCUAGCCGCACAGGCUACGCAGCCGCAGCUUCACGAUCCCAUCACGGAGGACAUCCUCACCGAACCCGCAGCUCGCGCGCUUUUCGAUCUUUUCAUGCACCACUGCAAUGCGUGGAGCGGCGUGUUCGAUCCGUCGCUCCACACGCACGACUUUGUUCGCAAACGAUCCUCGUUCCUCUACACCGUAUUGCUCUACGUCGGCUCACGCUAUUCCAAGAAGCCAGCGGCACACCAUCUGAUCGUCCGCCAGCAGCGCGACGAGCACGUCCCGGAGUCAGCUUGGGAUCUUGCGUACCCAUCCCCGCACACCGAUCGCACGCCCUCAGCCGCCAACGCAUACGCACGCGACAUUCGCCGCCGCAUUCACGAGCUUGCGCGCAACCACGCCGCGCGCGCAUUCGUCGAAGGUGACCGCACAGUGCUCUGCUGCCAAGCCUUCUUCAUCCUUGCCAGCUUCAAACCCCUCGACGACGGCCUGUCGGUCAUCCAGGUGGGCUACGCCUUUCGACUCGCGAUGGACAUCCAAUUGCAUGCCGAGAUGCCCAACUGUGUCAAGCCCAAUUCGUCCAAUCUCGACUCUGCGGGUCUGAAGCGCUACGAAGCCGUCCAGCGACGCUUCCGCAACCGCCAGCGCACCUUCCUUAUGCUCUUUGUGCAGGACAAGUCGCAGCAAAUAUCGAAUAAGAUCACUACGCACUCGAUCAGCUCCGACAACGUCCUGAUUCGACGCUGCCAGACGUGGUGGAAGCACGACGGGAGUGUUCCCACCGAUGCCUUUGUGUGUGCCUCGGCGGACAUGCGACGCAUCCAAGGCAAGUACGUUGAGCUGUACGACCGCAUCGAAGCGCUCACGUCGGCAACGAGCGACGGUCCCUCAAUCAUGAUGCCUGCGUUCCUCUCCGACCUGUACGAGUGGAGUGCGCGAUGGCACGAGGCGCUCGGUCUGCGCGAAGACAUGGACGAGGACGCCGACACGCCCGAAGCCUACGAACGACGUUUCCAACGCCUCUGCCUCCAACUCUGGAAGAACAACAUCAAAACGUACAUCUCUUCGCUCGUCCUCAAAUCCAGCCUCAAACAAGCGGCGUUGCAGGAACACCAAGAGAUCGUGCGUAAUCAUCAUCGACGUUCGACGACGCGGGAAAAGGAGGAUGGGGGAUCGAUCUCUGGCAAGUCCGGGUUGUCGAGUGGAUUGGAGCCGGGGAUGGUGAACCUUAUGGCGAUGCCCGCGUUCUGGCCGUGCGUGGAGGGGGCGAGGGGGUGUUUGGAGGUGGUAUGUGCGUUGCCACCGGAACGACUGUUGAGUGCACCGGAUGCGACGAUUGCGAGCACCACGCAUGCUGCCGUGUUGCUGUGCAGCUUGGCGACGGUCAAGAGUCAACCGCCGUUGGGACCCGGGUAUUUGAGGAGCAACAUCCAGUUGAUCGAUCAGGCGAGUGCGGCGUUUCGACGUGCGAGCAUCAGGGAGGACGAUACGGUGCUUCAUAUCGCGAUUUAUUUGGAGAGUCUGUUGCGGCCGAAGAACGCUGCACCUACGCACGCCGCGCCGAACCGUCCCGAGGGUGGGGUGAAGAGCGCUGGAGAGGCGACAGACAGCGUUCCUGCCGGGCAGACCUCGCUCUUCAAUGGCGCUGCGACAGCUUCCAACCCACCCUCCGUCAACAGCGGUCAAGAUCCGUCCCUCAACGGCUUUGCUCAGUUUACCAACUUUACACUGCUGGCCAACAGCGCCGACCCGUUCUAUUCGGGCAAUCCAUCUGCGCCCUCGAACCCCACGCAACAGCGCUGGCCCACCAGCGCUGCUACGGACAACGCGGUGUUUGCCAACUUCGACCGCGAGGGGUUGGAUGUGAUUGCGAGUGCUGCUGCCGCUGCCGGCGAGGGAACGGCGGGCACGAUGGAUUGGAGCAUGGGUGGGGGCGGGACGACAGCGGCGCCUUGGAACAGCCUCAUGUUUGGUGGGAACGCGGGUGGCGAGUCGUACCAGCAAAAUGGAGCGGUGUUUCAGGGUCAGCCUCAGACGGGAGCCCAGCGAGAACAGGCCGAUGAGACACUUCGUAUGCUGCUGCGCUUCUUGGAUGGGUAG